GCUUGAAGGAUGCCCAAAACAAGUAUAAUGAUAAUGUUGAUCUGUUCAACCAGCUUCAGAACAAAUCGCAAGAGCUAGCAAGAGACAUUCAAGCGGCCCGCGAAGACCUUCUACGAAAGGAUCAAGUGUACCGCAAUCUUCAUGAAGAUUUAAACAAUAAAUUAAGCCGUUGGCAUGUUGCGUAUUACAAUGCUUCGAGGUUGUCAUCCCUAGCUCGGCUGAAACAGCAGGAGCUGACCUGGAACAAUUCCCGAGCUGUUUUAGAUGAAGCAACGCGGGUGCUGAACGCAGCUCAAGCAUCAACCUUGAAUGUGAGUAGAGUUCUCUCUGAUGCACGAAAGCAAGAAGGUGGAGGGCUAGAAACACUACAAAGGAAUAUAACAGCAUAUGAACGAGCUGUACAUCAGUUUGCAGCCACUUCGAGAUCUCUGGCGUCUGCAAAGGCUAAAAAAGCUGUUGCGGAAGAGGAGUACGCUUCAGCAGAUCUUGCCACUACGUUUGCAGAGAACAAUGCGACUCAGUCACAUGCAGCUUUGCGUGAAGCCAACUUUUCUCGUGAUCAGCAGUACACUCUCACUGAAGCUAGUUUGGAACAAUUUCUUGCCUCGAGGAAUGCUUCAAGAGAGGAAGCAUCAGAAACACUCUACCGCAAGCAUUAUGCUGAUGCAGAGUUGCAAGCAAUGCGUACUCAAGCUGGUCGUUUCUGCGCUGGAAGCUCUUCCCCAACCAAUAGAGAGGCUUCUACUAGAAGGGCUAGGUUGGCAGAACAGGCUUGGGAGACAGCGGGUGCAACCAGAAAUCAGUUGGCUGAAGGCCUCUCUGCUGCGCAGCUAUACGAAGAAAGGACUAAGCACAUGAUUUAUCGUUGCGCAGGUCGCUCCAGUGGUGCUGAUGCUGGGUCUUCGUUGUUGUGCCUCAUUGGGAAGACUCCAGCAAAUGAGUCACAAGCGCAGGUCGGAUUGGCACCUCUGUGUGGUAACGAAGCUUGCCCUCUUCAGGACUGCAUGCACAAUGUGAAGCAGUCUUCGAUCUUGCCUUUGUGCUCCUCGUCUUUGUGCAAUGAUACACAGAGUGGCAGCCAGAGCGGAGCUGAGCUGCUGGGUGUGGCGGAUCUUCUGAAGCAGCUCUUGACAGCUCAGCGACUUUCUCAAGAAGCUCUGACCAAAGCAAGAAGACAAAUUGGCACAGAUUUGAGUGACAACGACGGCAGUCCAGCAGUAUAUGUACCUGUGGAGCUGACAAAUGCUGUUGAAGAGAUGAGCAAAGCAGUGUCGGAAGCAAAGAAGAAGCAAGGAACAUCAUCCAUGGCUGUUAAGGACGCUUCCAGUUUGCUUGAGCGUUUCAAAAACGAUCUUGCUACCAUUUCAGACAAGCAGAGAGCCAGUGUGACAGAUCUGGACAAUUCAGACAGGCAGGCCCGGCAGCUUGCAAUGCAGAUAUCCAUUUGGGAGGAGUAUGUCCGGACAAACAUGACCUUCUUUAGCGAGAAACAGAGAGUAUACAUGGAUGUCACGCGGACCGCGGACCUCUUGGCUGUGACUGCCCAAGAGGCAUUCAAUCGAACUGAUCUUUUGUCAUCACACCGCCUUGUUGCGAUCAACAUGAGCAUAUUGGGAAGAAGGACCCGAGAUGAAGAGGCACAGAAGCUGAAUCUUGCUGAGCAGCAAGUUCAAAGAGUCAAUCGAACGCUUUCUGACAACUUGACGGUUCUGGUGUCUGCUUGGCUUCAGCAGCAGGAGACGGCCAAGGCAUCACAAUCAGGAAGAUGGAGUGAACGACUUCUUGCUGCAGCAAAAGAGGUUCUUGUUACGAUGGUGGGUUCCUUGGAGAGUUUCUUGGACAAUUACAUCAUCAGCCUCUCUGACAAGGAUGCAGUUCUGCAGCUGAUGCAGGCUGUAGAUCAGCGCAAGGAGGUGGAAUUGCAGUGGUUGGAGUCAGAGAGAGAGCUGGAGAAGGCGAUAGAGAAGGUCACAGCUCUCAAUGCAAGCCUGGAAGAAGCAGAGGUUGCGUAUCAACUGGCCCAGCAAAAAGCUGCAAAUGCUACCAGUGCCG